AUGGACAACGUGUUUGUCACCGACCUGCGCAUGCACCGACGGUUCGACCUCAAGGGGUCGUCGCAGGGGCGCAGCACAGAGAAGGUGGCAGUGGAUGAGACCACCACGCUCAAGGAUUUGGACCUGGAUCUCUCCUUUCACAUGCCCGCAUCCUGGCGAGCUCUCAUGCACAGCAGUGCUGGCAGGGGUAUGAAAGUGGGUAAUCGUUGGAGGAGCACGGAGAAGGUGGCAGUGGAUGAGACUGCUACGCUCAAGGAUCUCGAUCUGGACCUCUGCUUUCACAUGCCCGCCUCCUGGCGAGCCCUCAUGCACAGGCAAAUUGCUCUGGACACGGCGUUCCUGCAGCGGCAGCCUGCUGCUGGGGGUGCAUUUCCUCCUGAGUCCCCCCCCCCCAUCCACUUCAACCAUUCCCCCAUCCUGCAAAUCGCUCUGGACACGGCGUUCCUGCAACGGCAGCGCAUCAUGGACUACAGCCUGCUGCUGGGGGUGCAUUUCCGCCCCACCAAUGCCGCGCUGCCACCUGUCACCAUCGCCGAGGGCCGCCCGACCCAGGAUGGCCAAUCUCGGCCGUCCAGCUCAUCAGGUGCUGCAGUUGUGGAUGUGAUGGGUGCUGUUGAGAGUGUGGCUUUUGAUUUUUUACGCAUUUUAUUAAUCAAGGGGAAAGGCACGCAUGAAAGGCACGCAUAA